UUGCCCUUGCGCUCGUCUUCUCGGGACUGGGGAGUCAGGGGCUCAGUCUCUGUUCAUCGAGUUCUCUGGUCGCUGGAGUGUUGGCCUUCGAGAGCUCUCUCUCUCUCAUCGUGUGAAUCAACUGUAGAUUGGACCCUAAACUGUAAGCAGUACGCACUUUGCUCGGGUUGGAAAUAUAUUCGUUGAUAGCUUUCAAAAGUCAUGGUGGGUUGGCAAAGAAAUUUACAGACCAUAAUUCGUCAGUUUGGGAGAAGAACGACACAUAAUUACACUUCAACAGCUAAUUUUUCCUCCUCUUGGUUCGAAUCCUCUCUUGCACCUGGAGAAUUUUCUUACUUACAGAGACUUUGGAAAUUACCUGCCGCAAAUGUCUCAAGACCUUUCUUUCGCUAUUUGCAGGAAUCGGGUAUAUCCAGUUCGAGGAAGUUGCUAGUAGGAGCCUCAGAAGAAAAGCCCAUUUCGUCUCCAUUAACUCCUACCUUGGCAUUGAGCAGUGGCAAAUCAGAAUGCCAGAAGUCAGCCUCUAAACCUGCGAAAGUUCAAGCAGUGUUAAAGGACAUAAAACAGAGCCCUAAGAAGGUCAACUUGGUUGCUGCCUUAAUUCGUGGCAUGCGUGUUGAAGACGCCUUGUUGCAGUUGCAAGUGACAGUGAAGCGAGCUUCAAAAACUGUCUACCAGGCUGUUCACUCUGCCCGGGCAAAUGCAACCCACAACCAUGGAUUGGAAGCUGACCGUCUUCUUGUUGCGGAAGCAUUUGUUGGGAAGGGAUAUUUUAAGAAGAGAAUAUCCUAUCACGCCAAAGGGAAAUGUGGAAUUAAAGUGAGACCGGAGUGCCGACUGACGGUGGUAGUAAGGGAGACCACCCCUGAAGAGGAAGCCGAGAUCGCCAGGCUAAAAGUCAGCAACUUCAAAAAGCUCACCAAGAGGGAAAACCGGCUCGUACCCCAUAAGCUCAUUGAAACCACUCCUAUCUGGAACCGCAAAAGCAGAACUGCCCAUCGUGAGACAAGUAAUAUGGCUGCAUGAGUUGCCUGCUCUACAAUGUUCUCCAUAAGUUUUCAACUUUCCAUUCGGGUUUGAUUAAAUCAAUUGUACUUUUGUCUUGCGGGCCAAAAGAACUCGAAUGGCUAUGACUACCAGUGUUUUUUUAGUAUUGAACGGAGUUCCCUUUGAGAUAUAUUUAAGUUCGGUUUUUUUGACUC